UCCUGGAGCGCGCGCGGGCUUCCCUGGGGGCGCGUGCUCCAGCGCACCCCCUAGGGGACAGCUGCGCCCAGGCGGGUCACGUGUGCGUGUGACAGAGGCGGCGGCGGCGGCAGCAGCAGCCUUCGCUCUUGCUGGCUUUGAGCAGCGGCACCGCAGUUCCAGCCGCAGCAGCAAGAGCGCGGCCGGGGUGGAGCAAGCAGAAGCGAGCGCUGCGCCCUGGCGGGGCCGCUGUGCAGCGUGAGUCAGGGGCGAGCUUGCAGCGGGCCCACUCAGCUCCAUGCACAAGGAGCGCGAGGAGGAGGAGAAGGAGGUGGAGGCGGUGGCAAUAGCAACGGCGGCAGCAGCCACAGCCAUGGCGGGGCUGCACUGAAGGCGGCGGCGGCGGGCGGCGUGGGAGGGCGGGAGGAGAGCAAUCUCUGCAUUCCCUCGACCCCGGCCCCGGCUGAGGCUGGGCUCUGCGCGGACUCCCCUGCCUGGAUGCGCCGCCGCUGAGCCCGCGCCAGGACUCGGGGCACCCGACCAGGCGACCCCGGCGCGGGCGGCUCUCGGGGUGGUUUUGUUUUUCCUUCGCCGCCCGCCCGCCUUUGCUGGCUGCGUGUGUGUGGCAGACAAAGAGCCCCCGCUUCGCCCUGCACACGCACGCACCGAGAGCGAGCCGAGGAGGAGAAGGAGGAGGCGAGCCGCAGCCAGGAGCCGAGUGGCGGCGGGAGGAAGAGGGCGAGGGGAGAGCGAGGAGAGCGCCUGGGCUCGACUAUGGCGGAUCGCAGCCUGGAAAGCCUCUCUCUGCCGCUGGAGGUGAGAGCCCGGCUGGCGGAACUGGAGCUGGAAUUGUCGGAAGGUGACAUCACACAGAAGGGCUAUGAGAAGAAGAGAUCAAAAUUAAUUGGGGCCUACUUGCCACAACCUCCAGCAGCGAAUGGAGCUGCCGCGGUACGGUGUAGACUGCAGCACAGUGAAGGGGCCGCGAGAAGGACGCUCCGCACUAGCAACAUUGGGGUCUGUGACAUCCGGGAAGCAGCAGCUAGAGAGCGUACAGCACCGCACAGCACGGCGGCCAACCGGCCUCUCUUUUACUUUCGAUUUGGGGUGGAUCAAGCAUUACCACAAGAACGCCGAACUCCUGUCACCCCUUCCUCCUCCUCUCGAUACCACCGCCGCAGGUCCUCAGGGUCACGUGACGAGCGCUAUCGGUCAGAUGUUCAUACAGAAGCAGUCCAGGCAGCUCUUGCGAAACAUAAAGAAAGGAAGAUGGCGGUGCCGAUGCCAUCCAAGCGGCGUUCAUUGGUGGUGCAGACAUCAAUGGAUGCCUACACACCUCCAGAUACCUCAUCUGGUUCAGAAGAUGAAGGCUCCGUACAGGGCGAUUCACAGGGAACUCCAACCUCAAGCCAAGGGAGUAUAAAUAUGGAACACUGGAUCAGCCAAGCAAUCCACGGCUCUACCACAUCUACAACGUCCUCAUCUUCAACGCAAAGUGGAGGCAGCGGUGCUGCACAUAGACUAGCUGAUGUGAUGGCACAAACACAUAUAGAAAACCAUUCUGCACCUCCAGAUGUUACCACGUACACCUCAGAACACUCAAUACAAGUAGAAAGACCACAAGGUUCAACAGCAAGGGUGGCACCAAAAUAUGGAAAUGCUGAACUUAUGGAAACCGGAGAUGGAGUCCCAGUAAGCAGCAGAGUGUCGGCAAAAAUUCAGCAGCUGGUCAACACCCUCAAACGGCCCAAACGGCCACCAUUACGAGAGUUUUUUGUAGACGACUUUGAAGAAUUAUUAGAAGUUCAACAGCCAGACCCAAACCAGCCAAAGCCAGAGGGAGCUCAGAUGUUGGCUAUGCGUGGGGAGCAGCUGGGUGUGGUUACAAACUGGCCUCCAUCUCUUGAAGCAGCAUUGCAACGAUGGGGAACCAUCUCACCAAAAGCUCCUUGCCUAACCACUAUGGAUACCAAUGGAAAACCACUAUAUAUUCUCACAUAUGGCAAACUUUGGACCCGUAGUAUGAAAGUCGCUUACAACAUACUGCAUAAAUUAGGCACAAAGCAAGAACCAAUGGUGCGACCAGGAGAUAGGGUAGCACUAGUAUUUCCCAACAAUGACCCUGCUGCUUUUAUGGUAGCGUUCUAUGGCUGCCUACUUGCUGAAGUUGUCCCUGUUCCAAUUGAAGUGCCACUUACCAGAAAGGGGACUCCUCCUUCUGUCUGGAUUUUCAUAGAAGCAAAACCAAAUGAGAGCUCAUUUCUGAAGACUUUUCUUGCAAAAGAUGCAGGAAGCCAACAAAUAGGCUUCUUGCUCGGAAGCUGUGGUGUGACUGUGGCCUUGACUAGCGAUGCCUGCCAUAAAGGACUGCCUAAGAGCCCGACAGGGGAAAUACCACAAUUUAAAGGCUGGCCAAAGCUGCUUUGGUUUGUCACAGAAUCCAAACACCUUUCCAAACCUCCUCGUGACUGGUUCCCACAUAUCAAAGAUGCAAAUAAUGACACAGCUUACAUUGAGUACAAAACGUGUAAAGAUGGAAGUGUUCUCGGGGUGACUGUGACAAGGAUUGCGCUGCUGACCCAUUGCCAAGCUCUUACACAGGCAUGUGGAUACACAGAAGCUGAAACCAUUGUGAACGUGUUAGAUUUCAAGAAAGAUGUAGGUUUAUGGCAUGGGAUUCUUACAAGUGUUAUGAAUAUGAUGCAUGUUAUUAGCAUCCCAUAUUCCUUAAUGAAAGUGAAUCCACUUUCAUGGAUACAGAAGGUCUGCCAAUACAAAGCAAAAGUUGCGUGUGUAAAAUCCAGAGAUAUGCAUUGGGCACUGGUAGCACAUCGAGAUCAACGGGAUAUCAACCUCUCCUCGCUCCGUAUGCUAAUAGUAGCGGAUGGUGCCAAUCCAUGGUCUAUUUCUUCUUGUGAUGCGUUUCUCAACGUCUUCCAAAGCAAAGGCCUAAGACAAGAAGUCAUCUGUCCUUGUGCCAGUUCACCAGAAGCCCUCACUGUGGCUAUUAGAAGGCCAACAGAUGACAGCAAUCAGCCACCAGGUAGAGGGGUCCUGUCCAUGCACGGUCUUACCUAUGGAGUCAUUAGAGUGGAUUCUGAAGAAAAGCUUUCUGUUUUAACGGUGCAAGAUGUUGGAUUGGUGAUGCCGGGAGCCAUAAUGUGUGCAGUGAAGCCAGAUGGAGUUCCUCAGCUCUGUCGAACAGAUGAAGUAGGUGAACUUUGCGUGUGUGCUAUUGCAACAGGUACAUCCUAUUAUGGACUAUCUGGAAUGACCAAAAACACAUUUGAGGUGUUCCCUAUGACCAGUUCAGGUGCACCAAUAAGUGAAUACCCUUUUAUAAGAACUGGUCUGCUGGGGUUUAUUGGCCCCGGUGGACUCGUUUUUGUUGUGGGCAAAAUGGAUGGUCUGAUGGUAGUCAGUGGACGAAGACACAAUGCAGAUGACAUUGUAGCCACGGCAUUGGCGGUGGAACCAAUGAAGUUUGUCUACAGGGGAAGGAUAGCAGUGUUUUCGGUGAGCGUCCUUCAUGACGAGAGGAUAGUUAUUGUUGCCGAGCAGAGGCCUGAUUCGACAGAGGAAGACAGUUUCCAGUGGAUGAGCAGAGUGCUGCAGGCUAUAGACAGUAUUCAUCAAGUGGGGGUUUACUGCCUAGCACUGGUGCCAGCAAACACACUCCCAAAGACUCCUCUAGGUGGCAUCCACUUAUCGGAAACAAAGCAGCUUUUCCUUGAAGGAGCCCUACAUCCCUGUAACGUGUUGAUGUGUCCACACACCUGCGUAACAAACCUGCCUAAACCAAGACAAAAACAGCCAGAAAUUGGCCCUGCCUCUGUGAUGGUGGGGAAUCUGGUAUCUGGAAAAAGAAUUGCUCAGGCAAGCGGCAGAGAUUUGGGGCAAAUAGAAGAUAACGAUCAAGCCAGAAAGUUCCUUUUUCUCUCAGAAGUCUUGCAAUGGAGGGCACAAACGACUCCAGACCAUGUGCUUUACACACUACUAAACUGUAGGGGAACAAUAGCAAACUCUCUGACAUGUGUUCAGCUACAUAAACGAGCUGAGAAGAUAGCAGUUAUGUUGGUGGAAAGGGGGCACCUACAAGAUGGCGACCAUGUUGCUUUGGUCUACCCACCAGGAAUAGAUCUGAUUGCUGCGUUUUAUGGGUGCUUGUACGCAGGGUGUGUGCCAAUCACAGUCCGACCUCCCCAUCCACAGAACAUUGCAACGACGUUGCCCACAGUGAAGAUGAUUGUGGAGGUGAGUCGCUCUGCCUGUUUAAUGACAACACAAUUAAUAUGUAAAUUGUUGCGAUCACGAGAGGCGGCGGCAGCAGUGGAUGUCAGAACGUGGCCCCCUAUAUUAGACACAGAUGAUUUGCCAAAGAAGCGGCCUCCUCAGAUCUACAAACCUUCUAACCCCGACAUGCUGGCUUAUCUCGAUUUCAGUGUAUCCACAACUGGAAUGCUAGCAGGGGUGAAGAUGUCUCAUGCAGCCACUAGUGCCUUCUGUCGUUCUAUUAAGCUGCAGUGUGAGCUUUAUCCUUCUAGAGAAGUUGCUAUCUGUUUGGACCCUUACUGUGGACUGGGGUUUGUCCUUUGGUGCCUCUGUAGAUGCUGUGAAGUUCUGCUGGCCUGCUCCACUGUGAUGUCCCAGAAUGCAACAUUCUGCGACUUCCAAACCACUAAGGAAAGCCUACUUGGAGCAUGGAGCCAGCCCGUUGAACUGGAGACCACCCCUGCUCUCUGGCUUCUGGCUGUGAGUCAGUACAAAGUGAGGGACACCUUUUGCUCUUACUCGGUUAUGGAGCUUUGUACCAAGGGACUCGGUUCACAAACAGAAUCUCUGAAGGCAAGGGGACUGGACCUCUCAAGAGUGCGGACCUGUGUGGUCGUAGCAGAAGAACGGCCCCGAAUAGCUCUGACACAGUCUUUUUCAAAGCUUUUUAAGGAUCUGGGCCUACACCCCAGGGCCGUCAGCACAUCCUUUGGCUGCAGAGUAAACCUAGCUAUAUGUCUGCAGGGGACAUCUGGGCCAGAUCCAACCACUGUGUAUGUUGACAUGAGGGCCCUAAGACAUGACAGAGUACGUUUGGUAGAAAGAGGAUCCCCUCAUAGUUUGCCCCUCAUGGAAUCAGGAAAGAUCCUCCCUGGAGUUCGUAUCAUUAUUGCUAAUCCAGAAACAAAGGGACCCCUGGGAGAUUCUCAUCUUGGAGAGAUCUGGGUUCAUAGUGCUCACAAUGCCAGUGGUUACUUCACGAUCUAUGGCGAUGAAUCCUUGCAAUCAGAUCAUUUUAACUCAAGACUCAGUUUUGGAGACACACAAACUAUCUGGGCACGAACUGGCUAUUUGGGGUUCCUAAGGAGAACAGAACUUACAGAUGCAAAUGGGGAGCGACACGAUGCACUUUAUGUGGUAGGUGCACUCGAUGAAGCCAUGGAGUUGCGAGGAAUGAGGUAUCACCCCAUCGAUAUUGAGACGUCCGUAAUUAGAGCACACAAGAGCAUUACAGAGUGUGCUGUGUUUACCUGGACAAACUUGUUGGUCGUCGUUGUUGAGCUGGAUGGAUCGGAGCAAGAAGCCUUAGACCUGGUUCCUUUGGUCACCAACGUGGUCCUGGAGGAACAUUACCUGAUUGUAGGGGUAGUGGUGGUGGUGGACGUGGGUGUAAUCCCUAUCAACUCCCGUGGAGAGAAACAACGUAUGCACCUACGAGAUGGAUUUUUGGCAGACCAACUAGAUCCCAUCUACGUGGCCUACAACAUGUAGUCUGGUAUCUUUAAGGCUUCCAUGGACUUUAUUCUAGGUGUAUAAAUUUUUUUUUUUUUGACAUCCACUAACAAUGUGCUGGUAAGAAAGUGACGCUCUUCAGAACGGAACUGUUUAUAUUAGGACUUUUCAAAGUGCUCACCAUUGGCAGGACAUAAAAUGUGAAAUGUGUUUCUUUUACCACUACACUUUAGCACAGAAGGACUUUGGGGGUACUGCCUUCAGUUUGUUCAAAAGCCCACGAUUAGACCUUUUUAAAAGAAUUAUUUUUUGCUUAUUGGGAUGAUACUGCUUUCUGAGUAAUAUGGCUUUGUAUUUUAUGUUAAACUGAAGUAGCUAAUUUUUUUUAAUCUGCCCUCCAAGUGGAUAUUUUUAAACAGCUCAUAAUAUGAUUGAAUUGUUUUGAUUCGCUUGUUUUUAAAUGUCCAUAAAAGUCUUUUCCGAAAUGGAUCCAUUACUAAUUUUAAGCCAUUUUCUAUCCCAUUGUCUUAGGAAACUACUUGAGGUACGAGGAAAAUACCCAGAACAGCACCUUCUCAAAUUAAAGAGUUUUUAAAAGCUUUCUCUCUUGGAAAUGCUGAAAGUACAAAGGUGGAAAAAAAGCCUUUGAUUAUUAGUGUUAGAAUGAAAAGAAAUUUAUAAAUAAGGUGUAAUUUCGGCAACGAACUUGCAGAUAUCUUUGUACUAAACUAAAAAGAUAAAAUAAGUUAACUACUUCUGUAAUUAUGUACAAAACCUUUAAUUUAUUUUGAUCUCUCUAGAAAUAUAAAAGAGAAACAUUCAAGAAUAUUAAGCUCUUGUAAUGUUUGCUAAUAUAAAAACAAAAGGGGUUGUAUUAUCUUGAGUGGAUAGUAUCACAUCAAAUAUAUAUAUAUGAAAUAUAAAUUCACUAAUGACAAAAAAAAAGAUUUUAAAGUUUUAAAAGGAUGCAGUCCUCAUCACUUGCAUGGUGUCUCUUCCCCCACUGUAGAUAACCAAACAUUAUUCACAAACUUUGAAGAAAAAGCAGUCCUGGAUUGCUAAGUAUCCCCAUCUAAAAAGUAUCUUCCAGAAACCAGCCAGUGAAACCGUUUUGGUGCCUGAGAAGCAGUGCGUGGUUCUUAAACGCCGCGAUCCUGCACCUUGCUUGCACAGAGCACAGGGUGCAGAAUGCUUCCCGUAGAAUGCUACUAGGACGUUUCCUUCUCCCACCAGCACACAAUUGCUUUUCCAGCCUGGCUGCAGCGCUCAGCUAGACCACUUGAGUGGCGGCUGCGACCUUCCUGUCCAUUCAGACGCCAGCAUCCUGCCUCGUUCUCUGACCCAGAUCCCAUGGCUGUGGCUCCACCCCUGCUGCCCCCUGUGCACUCGGGCAAGGGCUGGUCUGGAGAACAGGAGGAGCAGUAGUGAUUGGGAGGGAGCCACGGGGAAGCCUCCGCUGCAGUUGGGCACAACUGGCGUUGCCCAAGAGAGCAGUAACCCUCACGGCAUGUAGGCAGCUGGUGGAAGAGGCUGUCAUGUGUCUCCUGGGAGUUGCUCCACAUCCUGCUCUUGCGGCCAAAGACUUUAACAGUGCACUACCAAGGAGGUGACAAUAAAUAUUUGUGCUGGCAUGUAUUUCAGACACUUCUUAGACUUUAGAAAAGGCGGGUUGAAGAAUAGCACUGUUCCCCCCCCCCUUAGCUGCAUAAUGUUGUUGCACAAUAUAUUUUUCACCUUUUUAAAGAAGUUGGUGUUCUUUUGUUAGUUGUUCUUUCUUGAAAAGUUGUUUGGAGCUUUGUUCCCCUCCCCCCCCCGGUGGUAAUUUUGCAGAAGAAUUAUCAUUCAUCUAUUUGAGGGUUCCCAACUUUGGAUCCCAGAAAUUGUUCGACUACAACACCCAUCAUCUGGGAAGCCAAGACUGGGAACCCCGUAUCUGUUUAACUCUCUGCCCUGUUUUUAGUUUGGGCAAGGGAGAGUUGAUCCAGCCACUUCACACUUUCUAGAAAGUUGUUUUUAAAUAGCCUCUCUUAUAACACAUUAAUUAUUGGAGAGUAGCCCAAUAGCCCCUCUGAACUAUUUGGUGCGAUCUGGUGCAUCUGCUAACAUGUCUCUAUGCCAAACGGAGGAACUGAAAUUGAUGUUGCAAAUAAUCUUGUCCCUCAGUUCCAAAGGAAAUAUGCCAAUCGGGAAAGAUCAGGAAUACAUAGAUCACAGCUGCCUUUUUUUUCCUUUUCCUUUUAAAAUUUCUACCACCUUUGGGUAAAUGAGAUCUUCUGUUUUUAGUUCUUCCAUUUUCAUCUUUUUUCUUUACGGAAUUUAGAUUUUGGUUUAUUCCAAAAUGUGACCUGGUUGACCUGUGUCUGAUUGAGGGUGAAGCUGAACAGCAGCAGUCCAAGAAUGCUUUUUAAAAACAAAACAGAGCAAAAUAAUGUUCACUUGCUGGCAUUCAUGGCCGAAUAUGCAUGACUAAGAUGGUUGCAGGACAAAGGCUACAAGAUCUUUUAUAUAACCUGUAUAAGGGAAAUAUUUUUGUCUACCUUUGCAGAUUUCAUUUGGUUCUAAAGAUCCAAUAUUUGGGGGGUUUUCUCAGGUUUUUUUCUCCAUUUCUUAAUGAUGAGGGAUGGUUUUUAGUCUGCAUGUACAAUACAGAGCAUUUCACCAUGGCAAACUCCUUGUUCUUAAUUUUCAAUUGCCCCUUUUCAACAGUUCUUUGUCUUGUGAAUAUUUCUAUCCAUGCUCCGAAGAAAACCAAUCCUGAAGCAUUCUGUUGAAAGGUGUGUUUUGGUCCCUUGAAAUAAAAUCUCUCCCCCUUUCUUUAAAAUGUCAAGUUGCUGUAAGGUUCAGACAAGCCGUUGAUCGAUUAUGAGCAUAAUUACAGUGUAUGAACUAACUACUUGUGAUGUCCUUGCUAUUGCUGAUCUCAGUGCUGCAAAACACAAAUUUAGCUGUCAUUUUGUUAAAGCAUUCACUUUUAACCUUCACCAAGUCAACUUUCCACUCCUGGGGAGGGGACAGCAGGCUGCGAUGCAGUCAGAGGACGCAGUUAAUAACUGAUCUCUUCUGCAACCUGUCAUCUGUGGUUGUUUUAAAUACUGAACUUAGAACAGUAGACAAUGAUGAACUGAAAUUCCUAGUUUUGUUGUGCAAGUUGAGAGGAAAGAAACACACAUACCAUCAGAUUCAGCAAUAAAGAAGGAUUGUUCUGUAUUAGAAACUGUACUGUAGAUAAACCAUUCAUGAGAAUGUAUAAAAUGUUUGUCUUGUGACCUUGUGCUUUUGAAGUCAGACAAAACCAUGUAAUCAACCUUGCACAUGCACACUAAAGAAAAGAAAGAAAGAGGGUACACAAUGAACAUUUAAACACGAAACUAAUCAAACAGGAGCAGAUUCCUCAUGGUGCUUGUUUAUUAUAUAUAUUUAAUCCUGCUUGACACUUUACCCAAGGGAAGACGGUCCCUUUUUAUCAGUUGAAUGUUAGCAGCGUUAUUUCAUAGAGUGUGGUGACUGGUUAGAGAAAUUCAUGUAACUCAGCCAAUCACAGUUUCAAACAAAAAUUUUUAUGUGCAAACGAACGGCAACCUUCUUGUAUGUUAAACCACCAGUACGCUUUGUACAUCUGUGAUAACGCCUGUUUUAUAUUCAAAUGAACAAAUAAAAGCUUUUAUUUUUGUUGCUCUGAAAA